CACGGCACGGGUUCUAGGAGCUGGGCUGCAGCCUCCGGAAGCUCGUGAGGGGUUUGGGGGAGGAGUGGGUGCAGAAGAUGGCCAAAAAGAGAAAGCCCCCCAGCAUCAAGGGUGAUUCAACAUUUGAUUCAGAUUUCAAAGGACCUGUUGCCAACAGGGGUUGUACAGAUGUUCUGUGCUGCAUAAUUUUCAUAUUGUUCAUUACUGGCUACAUUGUUUUAGGACUUAUAGCCUGGGUACAUGGCGACCCCAGAAGAGUGGCUUAUCCUACAGACAGCAAGGGCCACUUUUGUGGCCAGAAAGGCACCCCCAAUGAGAACAAGAGCAUUUUGUUUUAUUUUAACAUUUUCAGCUGUACCAGUCCUUCCGUUUUAAUAAACCUACAUUGCCCUACUACACAGAUCUGUGUCUCCAAGUGCCCAGAAAAAUUUUUAACUUAUAUGGAAAUGCAAUUUCCAUUCAAAAUAAACAAACACUCUUGGACAUAUUAUAGCCAGUUCUGCAAGUCCCCUAUUACUCAGCCUGCAAAGUCUCUCUCACAAAUAAUAAUGGAUGAUGAUUGUCCAACAGCGAUUUUUCCAAGCAAACCUUUUCUCCAGAGAUGUUUCCCUGACUUCUCUACUAAAAAUGGCAUUUUAACAGUAGGAAAUAAGACAACAUUCGAGGAUGGGAAGGGAAGGACAAGAAAUGCUAUGGAACUCAGGGCAGCUGCAAAUAAUAUGAAUAAAAUCCUUGAUGCGAAGGCAAUUGGAAUGAGAGUGUUUGAAGACUAUGCAACAACUUGGUAUUGGAUUCUCAUCGGACUGACAGUCUCCAUGCUUCUCAGUUGCAUGUUUCUACUACUCCUGAGGUUCACAGCUGGGUUGCUCUUCUGGGUCUUUGUCCUGGGUGUGAUUGGAAUUAUAGGUUAUGGAAUAUGGCACUGUUACCAGGAGUACAGCUAUCUUCAGGAACACCCAAAUUCUCAUUUAACUAUAUAUGACAUCGGGAUUCAGACCAACAUAAGCAUGUACUUUCAACUGAAACAAACAUGGUUCGCAUUUAUGAUAAUGCUCUGCAUCCUUGAAGUGCUUGUCAUCCUCAUGCUGAUUUUCCUUAGGAACCGAAUCCGCAUCUCCAUUGCCCUGCUGAAGGAAGGGAGCAAAGCCAUUGGAUAUGUUCCCACUACAUUACUUUAUCCAGUUUUAACUUUCUUUUUCCUCUCGAUCUGUAUUUGCUAUUGGGCUGUGACAGCAGUUUACUUGGCUACAUCGGGGGCACCCGUAUACAAAAUUGUAACCCCAGGUGGACAUUGCAAACAUGAAAAUAGAACCUGUAACCCAGAGAUUUUUAACACGACUGAAAUUUCCAAAGUUUGCCCUGGUGCUCAGUGCAACUUUGCUUUCUAUGGUGGAAACAGCCUGUACCAUCAACACCUCACUACCUUCCAGAUAUUCAAUCUCUUUGUCUUUCUCUGGCUUAUAAACUUUGUCAUUGCAUUGGGCCAGUGUGCCCUUGCUGGUGCCUUUGCUUCUUAUUACUGGGCCUUGAAAAAACCCGAUGACAUCCCACCAUACCCACUUUUUACUGCAUUUGGGCGAGCCAUACGAUAUCACACAGGAUCCCUGGCAUUUGGAUCUUUGAUUCUUGCAUUAAUUCAAAUGUUUAGAAUAACCCUAGAAUACUUGGACAAACGUCUUAAAGAUACCCAGAAUAACAUUUCUAAAUUUCUGCAACACUGUCUGAAAUGCUGUUUCUGGUGUUUGGAAAAAGUGGUAAAGUUUUUGAACAGAAAUGCCUAUGUUAUGAUUGCAAUAUACGGCAAAAACUUCUGCAGAUCAGCAAGAGAUGCUUUCAAUCUGCUGAUACGAAAUGUUUUAGAAGUUGCAGUUAUGGAUAAAGUUACAGACUUUGUACUAGUCCUGGGGAAACUUCUAGUUGCUGGGUGUAUAGGUGUCCUGGCCUUUUUACUCUUCACACAGAAAAUCUCAAUCAUUAAGGAAGGACCAACAUCUUUAAAUUACUACUGGGUACCUUUGCUGACAGUCAUUAUUGGAUCUUACCUAGUUGCACAUGGGUUCUUCAGCGUCUAUGCAAUGUGUAUUGAUACAAUUUUCAUCUGCUUCUUGGAAGAUUUAGAAAGAAACGAUGGUUCUUCUGAAAGACCCUAUUACAUGAAUCACUCUCUGAUGAAGACUUUGAAAGCGCAAAGUACACGAACUAAGAAGCAGUAG